AUGAAUGAAGAGUUAGAGCCAAUUCUACGUGAGGAAUGGGAACUUGCAAAUGGAAUAAAAGAUGUUGGUAGUCUUGGACAGGUUGGAAAGACUGGGCUGAUCGCCCAGCAGCUUUUGAGCACACAUUCCGGCAGGUUUACAAUUGCUGAGGCUGAGCGCCUUGUCCCACUGCUCUGCCUUGAGACAGUCAGCUUCCGCCGCCGCGUUCGCCCAUCGCCGCUAACAGCCUUCCUUGUGGUCGCCGCCUGUCUUGCCUUCCCUGGCAGGUGGGAGACUCUCUCCUCUGUGCUGGGCAGGUCAAAGACCUGGCUUAGCACAAUCUUUGUUGAUGUGACGACCUUUCUGGCCGCGGAGUUUGGAGACCUGCUGCGCUGGCAUUCGCAGCUUACGCCUGAGCUGUCAUACUGACAUUCGUUG